AUGAUCUCCGCGCACCUCAUGUCCACGGCAACCUGGUUUGCUGACAUCGAAAGUCAUGGUAGUGACCACGUGCCAACCUACAUCUCCUUGGGCUGUCCUAAGCAGUACACGCAACGGAGGGUGGGCGGUGUUCUAAGUCCAACCUUAUUCAACAUCUCUCUCAUUGGACUGGAGAGGUGUAUCCCUGCAUCGGUCGAAAUCUCUCUCUAUGCAGAUGACAUUUGUAUAUGGAGCAGUGGUCGCAACAGACGUGUCCUACGAGCAAGACUACAAAAAGCUCUCAAUUCAAUCGAAAAAUUCUUACUGGGGCGAGGUCUAAUGAUGUCACCAGAAAAAUGCGCCGCCGUUGCUUUUACGAGGCGUGAUGUUUCGCGCUAUACGUUAAAGGUAGCGAAUUCUCCCAUUCGGUAUGUGCAAAGUCACAAGUUUCUGGGAGUGACAAUCGACAGGCUAAUGACAUGGACGCCCCAAGUUCGAAUACUAAAGGAAAAAGUUGCAUCAUAUGCGAGCAUCUUCCGCAUGUUAUCAAGCAACGCCGGGGGCUGCUCCGUAAGUGCCCUGCUGCGAAUGUAUACGGCUCUCUGUGAAGGUCUUCUAAGAUACAGCCUUCCUGCGUUACAUGGCAUUUCACAAACCAACAUACAAGCGCUGACUGGAGCUCAAGCGAAAGCCCUGAGAGUGUGCCUUGGCCUACCAAAAAACACAUCAAGUAUUGGAACCCUUGCCGAAAGCAGACGCCUAUCAGCUGCAGUGCUUCUGCAGCAGGAGUUUCUUCGAGUUCACUUGCGUUAUGCCACCAGAAUGCCGGGUCAUCCGCUUGCUUCAGACAGCAGUCUUGUGGUGCGGAGCUUGCUUCCGCUGCAUUAUGAAAGCGCAUCAAUGCCUACAGAGCCAUCGUGGAAAAUUCCUUCGUGGUCAAUAAUCACUUUUGUGCCUGGGUUCAAGAACAAGAGACGUACACCCGGACCAGCACUAAUUUACACUGAUGGCUCUGUUACACCUACAUCGUCUGCAAUUGGUGUCUGGAUUCCAUCUGCCAAUGUCACCAUCUCUGCCACUCUUAGUCACCGCACUUCAUCUACAGCGACUGAACUGGCUGCACUACGGGCUGCAUUUAAUUACAUUGUAGAUCAGACAGCUGAGUCUUGGGUCAUCUUCACCGACUCAAGAGCGGCGCUGCAGUCUCUGAAGUCCCCAAGCACGCAAGACCAACUCGUCAUGGACAUCAAAUAUCUAUGCAACAAAGCCUGUGACCUCCAUCACCGCAUUGCUCUGCAGUGGAUACCUGCCCACUGUGGAAUACAAGGCAACGUCCAUGCUGAUGACGCUCAUCAUGUUCUUUGUGAAUGCAAGCGAUACGCACCAGAGAGACAGUCUCUGAAGGCAGCCUUGCAUCUUCAACGGGGAUCGUGCUUAGAGUUGCGACAUGUUCUGGGCCCAUGGCAAAGCAGCACCUGUGCGCUACGUGCCACGAAAGCGCUGUUGAAUUUCUUGCGGGCCACGAGCCUGAACCAAACUUUGUAA